AUGGGUAGCAAGGAUAGGAAUUUCUGGUUAACUGAUAUAGGUGGCCGGUUUCGAGACUUGCAUAUUCUUGGUUGUAAAGCUGGUACCAAUGGAGAUGCUUUUAUGGCUAUGGUAAAGACUAGGUUGGUGAAUGAACAAGGUAUGAAUUCUACACUUGAACUGUUUUUAUUUAAUGAUGAAGAAGGGAAUGCAUGUGAUAAGUGUAAAUCAGAAGAAAUGUUUAUUUCAUUUUGGAACAAAGGUAAAGUAAAUAAAGAUAAUUUGGUCAGACUGUGGUUCACUCCAAUUGUUCCUACUCCUUCAGUGAGAGAAUGGGGUUAUGUUUAUGAUGCUUCCAGUGUUAGUGGGGUAAGUAGUGUGACUAAUUAUAUCAGCCCAGUGAGGAAGAAAACUGUUAGUAAAAGGGUAGAGGUUAGGAGGAGUCCAAGACUUAAUAAGACUGCUACUGUUAGUGGGAUUAAAGAUAUGAGACCAACAAGACUUGAUUUUGAGCAUGAAGAGCAAGUGGAAUUGACAGAAGCAUCUGUUGCUGACAACCAUGUUCAUGAAUCUCAAAGUAUUCCUACACAGUCAUCUGCUGUAGCCAACCAUGUACAGGGGUAUGAAGAUGACCAGGUGAAUUUUCCUAAUGUACAUCAAGAUGAGUGUCAUCCUGAUGACAAGCCUGACUUUCUCUUUAAGGACUAUGAUGAGGAAGAGGAUGGUGAAGAUGAAAGUGAGGAUGAGAGUGGAGAUGAUAGUGAAGAAGAAACACAAGAACAGAUGAAUUAUGAAGAUUGGGUUUCUAUGUGUGCUAGGGGUAUAGAUGUUGGUAAUGACCCUGAUGAUUGUAAUGAAGAUUUCAAUGUAGGUGGAUUUUAUGAAGAGCAGAGUGCACCAGUGAAUGCAUCUUCAGAUGAAGAUAUUCCCAGCCAAGAAGUCACUCAAGAGCAAGAAACUAAGUGGGAAGAAGAUUUUGGUCAGCAUUUAAAUGAACCACAACGUCUAGAAAUGAUAAAUGAAGAUACUCCUGAGGUCACACCUGGUGAAAUAAGUACUGGUAUGGCUUUUGGAAGUAUGCAAGCUUAUAAGGAUCAUUUAAGAGAAUAUGCAGUGUUGAAACAUAGGGAUUUUAAGGUGAAGAAAGGAGAUAAAAUCAGACACUAUUCUUACUGUGCUUACAGGGAUGCCCAAAACUGUGCUUGGAUGGUGAAUGCAAGAAAGGUACCAUAGAAAGAUGAUAUGACAGUCACAGUCAGAGAAUGCAACAUAGAACACACUUGUAAAAAUCCCAAUGAAGACUACAGCAGAAAAUGCAAUGCAAAAUUUGUAGCUAAGUAUUUGUUGAAGACGAUGGAUGUUGCUUCACCAGUGGAGAAGGCAGAUGAUAUAGCUAAGAAAAUCAUUAGACCUCAGUUGCAAACUGAAAUACCAAAAUGGGUUGCUCGUCAUGCAAGGAGAUUGGUGCUAGCAGAAAGGGAUGGAACAUUUGAGACUUGUUACAAAAAAACACCACAAUUGGUCAUAGCUGCUACCUCAUUGAACCCAAGGAGCAUAGGUCAUUUCAGCUGGUCCAAAGAUGAUAAAGAUAACUGAUUUGAGAGUCUCAUUUUGGCGUAUAAUGCACAAAUAAAAGGUUU